AUGGAGGGUCACUUCCUGGGGAACCACAGCGUGCUGGACAUCCUGAGACAGGAGGGCUACGAGGUGGUGCACACGCCCUCGCAUCCCCAGCAGCCAAUCACAGAGGGCGUGCCUGACAGGGCGGACCCCACGGUGAACCCCAGCGAUGAGAGCCUGGAGGCGGGCACGGUGUUCUCUCCCUCUGGGUGGGUGACCAGCCCCGUGGAGCUGGAGGACCAGGGGGAGGAGGGGGAGGAGCCACACAUGCUGCUGCCCGACAGCCUGAGCCAGCUGGAGGAGUUUGGUCGAAACAAGCGUCCCCGGAAGGCUCACCGAGGCCCCGGGCAACCACGCCUCUUCAGCGACCUGUGGGUCCGCAUCGGAGACAGCUCCUCCCCUCAGCCCAGCGUGAGAAUCAUAAACGGCUACGUGACGGUGGAGCCCCCCCUCACCCACCAGGAGCAGCGGAGGAGGACCGCCCUCUACCCCCCAGCACAGCCCUCCACCCCUGCCUCCACCACGGCCCUGCCCAGCUCCGCCUCCCCCAGCCCCAGCCCCAGCCUCACCCUCCCCUGCCUGCUGCUGGCCUGGCUCGUCUCACACAAACUGUUCACCUCCUGACCACAGGGUGGCGCUCCACCCACACACAAGCAGCGCAGGCAGCAAGGGGGAAACACUCGCACACCACCAGCACAUGAGGAUGGGAGAGGCGGGG